GCCACCAUGCAAGCCUCUAAGUAACUUGGAAAAAUGUUUUAAAUGGCUACAAAAAAGAACUGUACAUCAACACUGUACUGUCGUCGUAAAUUUAUUUCUCAUGGGGUACAGAUUAGCAAUUCUGAAACCAUACGUGUAUAGUAGGGUUGAACAUAUGUAUAAUAAGUUGUAGAUGGUGGGAAGCAAGUUGCUCACUGUCAGAGAAAGAAGUUACAAAUGAGCAAGAGGAGAUGCCUGGAAUGAAACCUGUGGUGCCUGAUUAGGUUUGGAGACAUCAGUAUGAGCUUCAUGUUAUUUUAAUAGAUAUAAAAAUAAAUAUAGGUAUGUGCAUGUGCAUAGGUUAAUAUACAUAUAUGUAUUUCCUGAGUCUGUCUGCUGAAAGGACUUAGAAACAGGGACACCUCCGUGACAACAAGCACACCUAGCACUCACAUCUUGGUUUUUAAAUACCAUUCUCAAUGAAAGAAACCAGGAUUCCUUGGAGAAGUGGCUGAUUUCAGGGCUAGGUUAAGGAAAAUACAGAAUGAACCUGGAGCUAGUGCCAGGAAAUGAGGCUGUGCAUUAAAAAACAAAAUAAAACAUGUGGGCCAUGUCAGAAGGACACAGAAGCAACCUGAAAAACUCCCACUAUCUGCAGCUGGAAUUAUUUGAGCAACAAAAUAACAAUGGUAUUGGUUUAUAACCAAGGAAUGAAAUGUCUGAGACUAUAUUAUACAAGUAAAUAGAUGGAAAAGAUGGGACAAGUCUUCCCUACUGAAAAGUUCAAAAUAACAUACGUAAAAAUAAUAAGAGAAAUAGAAGAUCACCAUUCAAACAAACGCAGUCAUUGCUGCAGGCAAAAUCCACUGACCAAUGCUAAAGUUAGCAGAGUUGCUACAAUGGAAGUCAAAGGGAAAAAGCAAUUCACAGGAAAGAGUACAAAGACAUCACAAGAUAAAACCAGAUUUCAUAAAAAUAGUGAUUCUGGUUCUUCAAAGGCAAUUUCAAGGAAAGCUGCUAAGGAAGGUGGAUCUAAAAUCACAUCUAACAACUUUGAGAAAAGUAUCACAAAACCUGGGAAAAGGGGUAUGAAACAGUUCAAGAAUAAGCAGCAAGGGGACAAAUCACCAAAGAACAAAUUCCAGAAGGCAAAUAAAUUCAACAAGAAGAGAAAAUUUCAGCCAGAUGGUAAAAGCGAUGAAUCAGCAGCCAAGAAACCCAAGUGGGAUGACUUCAAAAAGAAGAAGAAGGAACUGAAGCAAAGCAGACAACUCAGUGAUAAAACCAACUAUGACAUUGUUGUUCGGUCAAAGCAGAUUUGGGAGAUUUUAAGAAGAAAAGACUGUGACAAAGAAAAAAGAGUAAAGUUGAUGAGUGACUUGCAGAAGUUGAUUCAAGGGAAAAUUAAAACUAUUGCAUUUGCACAUGAUUCAACUCGUGUGAUCCAGUGUUACAUUCAGUAUGGUAAUGAAGAACAGAGAAAACAGGCUUUUGAAGAAUUGCGAGGUGAUUUGGUAGAAUUAAGUAAAGCGAAAUAUUCCAGAAAUAUUGUUAAGAAAUUUCUUAUGUAUGGAAGUAAACCACAGAUUGCAGAGAUAAUCAGAAGUUUUAAAGGCCACGUGAGGAAGAUGCUGCGGCAUGCGGAAGCGUCAGCCAUCGUGGAGUAUGCAUACAAUGACAAAGCCAUUUUAGAGCAGAGGAACGCGCUGACGGAAGAGCUCUAUGGGAACACGUUUCAGCUUUACAAGUCAGCAGAUCACCCAACUCUGGACAAAGUGUUAGAGGUACAGCCAGAAAAAUUAGAGCUUAUUAUGGAUGAAAUGAAACAGAUUCUAACUCCAAUGGCCCAAAAGGAGGCUGUGAUUAAGCACUCACUAGUGCAUAAAGUAUUCUUGGACUUUUUUACCUAUGCGCCCCCCAAACUCAGAUCAGAAACGAUUGAAGCCAUCCGCGAAGCAGUGGUAUACCUGGCACACACACACGAUGGCGCCAGAGUGGCCAUGCACUGCUUGUGGCACGGUACCCCCAAGGACAGGAAAGUGAUUGUGAAAACAAUGAAGACUUACGUUGAAAAGGUGGCUAAUGGUCAGUACUCCCAUUUGGUUUUACUGGCGGCAUUUGAUUGUAUUGAUGAUACUAAGCUUGUGAAGCAGAUAAUCAUAUCAGAAAUUAUCAGUUCAUUGCCUAGCAUAGUAAAUGACAAAUAUGGAAGGAAGGUCCUAUUGUACUUACUAAGCCCCAGAGAUCCUGCACAUACAGUUCGAGAAAUCAUUGAAGUUCUGCAAAAAGGAGAUGGAAAUGCACACAGUAAGAAAGAUACAGAGGUCCGCAGACGGGAGCUCCUAGAAUCCAUUUCUCCAGCUUUGUUGAGCUACCUGCAAGAACACGCCCAAGAGGUGGUGCUAGAUAAGUCUGCGUGUGUGUUGGUGUCUGACAUUCUGGGAUCUGCCACUGGAGAUGUUCAGCCUGCCAUGAAUGCCGUCGCCAGCUUGGCAGCAACGGAGCUGCAUCCUGGUGGCAAGGACGGACAGCUUCACAUUGCAGAACACCCUGCAGGACAUCUAGUUCUGAAGUGGUUAAUAGAGCAAGAUAAAAAGAUGAAAGAAAAUGGGAGAGAAGGUUGUUUUGCAAAAACACUUGUAGAGCAUGUUGGUAUGAAGAACCUAAAGUCUUGGGCUAGCAUAAAUCGAGGUGCCAUUAUUCUUUCCAGCCUCCUCCAGAGUUGUGACCCAGAAGUUGCAAACAAAGUCAAAGCUGCACUGAAAAGCUUGAUUCCUACGUUGGAAAAAACCAAAAGCACCAGCAAAGGAAUAGAAACUCUGCUUGAAAAACUGACCACAUAAGUGGAAAGAGUUAAGAGCAGGAUGGAAUCAUUUGUUCUGUUCUCUGUUCUGUUUCCCAAUGCAGAAAAGGGCUAGGGUCCACCGUACUGGUAAUUGGGGUGCUCUGUAUAUGUGUUUCUUCUUUGUUUAUGAAUCUAUUUAUAUAAAUUGUUUUUAAAAAUGGUCUUUUAAAAAAUCUCA